AUUUAUCAUUCACAUUCAGUAAAAUGGACAAUAAAUCUCUCGUCAUCCGCACCCAAAACGGGCAGCCCACUCUCGUCACAGAGAGCCUUCCUCUUCCCCAGCCUGGAUCGCACCAGGCUGUUGUUAAAGUGUCGCAUGUUGCGCAGAAUCCAACUGAUGUACAAUCCUUCGUUAUCAAUGCCUUUGGCGAUGGAAGUGUUCUAGGAUGCGACUUUGUGGGCCAAGUCGUCAAGCUUGGUGAUGCUGUCACCAGACUGAAAGAGGGCGAUACUGUUGCUGGACUUAUCUGGGGAGGUGAAUUCAAAGGACUCGGGGCGUAUAGUGAAUACACCCUCGUCGAUGAGAAUGUCUGCUUCAAACCCCCGUCUGGCAUCAAACCAGAACAGGCUGCGACGGUUCCUCUGGCUGCUGCGACUGCUUGGUUGGCAUCAUUUUCGCCUGACUGUUUGAAUAUCGAUCGAAGGAGAGGAUCGGAUGUGACUGUUCUCAUCUGGGGUGGUAGCUCCUCCGUCGGCCUGUAUGCCAUCCAAAUCGCCUCGCUAUACAACUUCCAGAUCAUCACCACCUGCCGCCCCAAACACUUUGACCUCGUCCGUUCCCUCGGGGCCCAGCAUGUCUACGACUACCGCGACGAGUCCAUCGUCGAUAAGAUCCAACAACACCCCAAUCUGACCUCCAUCUUCGACACCAUCGGCUCACCUUCUUCCUCAGUGACAGCCUCACAAACCCUCACCCAGCACGGCACCCUCUGCACCGUCCGCCCAGGCAAGGCACAUACACAAAACGUCACCACCAACACCACCGUCACCGACGUCCUGGUGUGGACGGCAUUCCUCAAAGACCAUCGCUACGGCGACUUUUACUGGCCGGCUUCAAAAACCGACCACAGCCUCGCGAUUGAACUCUUCAACAACCUCCCUGAAUGGCUCGCAACAGGCAAGAUCCAGCCUUCCAAAGCGGAGCUUCUUGGCAAACUCAACACGGAUACGAUCUCGCGCGGGUUCCGAAUCCAUCGCGAGGGAGGAAUUUCCGGAUUCAAGAUUGUGUAUUCUGUAUGAGUGGAAUGAAUUAAUUAUGAAGCUAGUGUGUGUGUGCGAUCCAUUUGCCUGUUUCAGAAUAGUAAAGUUGGUGAGACAGAAAUGCACAAAUAAGAAUAAGAAUACGAGGGGC